UCGCUGCCUGCCCCACAGACCGCGGGGAUGGUGCUGCGGAAGCCUUAAGAACCGAGGAGGCGGCGGCUGACCCGGUGAGGGAACCUGAGACCCCGGUGAGAGGACACGAGGGCCCCGUCAGCGGGGGGUCGCUGAAGUGCCAGAAACACACACACACACCCCUGCCGCUCGCCUCAGCAUAAAUAUGGCAGAAUUCCUAGAGCUUGAAGGGACAAUCAACUGGAAAGAAAGGUGCAUAGCACUGGAGUCUCAGCUGAUGAAGUUUCGCCUCCAAGCAAGCAAAAUUAGAGAGUUGCUAGCAGAGAAGAUGCAGCAACUUGAAAAACAAGUUAUUGAUGCAGAUCGUCAGGCAGAAAAAGCUUUUCAACAGGUGCAGAUUAUGGAGGAGAAACUAAAAGCUGCUAAUGUCCAAACCAGUGAGUCAGAGACAAGGUUGUAUAAGAGAUGCCAAGAUCUGGAAACUCAGGUGCAGGAGAAAGAUGACAUUAUACAGAAUUUGGAGCAACAGCUUGUGGAGCAGAAGCAAAUAAGAAUACAAGAGGCAAAAAUUAUAGAAGAAAAAGCUGCUAAGAUAAAGGAAUGGGUGACUGUCAAGCUCCAUGAGCUGGAAGUCGAGAAUCAGAAUCUCCGCAUGAUCAAUCAAAAUCAAACUGAAGAGAUCAGAGUAUUGCAGAACAAAUUGCAAGAGCUUCAGGGGAAGAAAUCUGUUCCUUCUGGACAAAAACCUGGAGAAGGACAACGAUUGAGCAGUUUGACUUUUGGAUGCUUCUUAAACAGAGCAAGAAGUCCUCAGCAAGUUCUUAAACCUGAAAAUACAAGCAGUUCUUCAUCAAAGCAAGCUGAACUUAGUGAAGGCAACAGCAGUCUAGAAAGAGAAAUCCAGGAAACAUCCAUUGCUGGCCAAAUGUAUGGAAGCAAUAGAGGUUUGAAGCCACUACAGCAAAAUCCUUGUGUGCCUGAACAAAGACAGGCAGUAAAGUCAAAAGAUAUAGAUAGUAAUGUAUCAAAGAAUUCUUGCAUUACGGUAAGUGACUGGAGCUCUGACGAGGAGGAAGGAAACAAAGGAAGAUCAAAAUCCAGGUGUGUAUCUACUGUUUCAAGUCACACAUCUGAAGAAGGCACAGGCUACAGCAGAAUUGGGAGUGAAAUGUAUUUGACUGCAUCAGAUGACAGCAGUUCUUUACUGGAAGAAGAGAGUUUCCGAACUCAGGGAAAUAUACGCAAGAAACUAUAUUCCUGGCAACAAGGGUCUCCAUGGAAAAGCCAGAAUCAUCUAGUUGGAAAGAGCAACUUGGAAUCCUUCAGUGAAAAGAAAGAUCUUGAUAGCUUUUCAGAUGAACUGAAUAAGAGAUUUCAGUCCCACAGGUUAGAUUAUUCAUCCUCCUCAAGUGAGACAAAUACUCCAAGUCCAAUUCUAACUCCAGCUCUAGCUCCUAAGCAUCCAGCAUUGAUGCUGUCAGCAGGCUCUCAGUCUGGCAGACAACGUGGUUCUCCAUCUAACCUGCCGCCUCCAAAGCUGAGGACUCCUAGUGUCUUUACGCUAAGUGCAGCAUUGGCAAAAAGACAUUUUAGCCAGCCUCCUCUAUGUUCAGACAAAAUGUUUGGGAGAAACAGAAAUGCUAUAAGCAUGAUACGUCCCUUUAAGCCUCAGGAAACAGACAUUGAUCAGGUGGAUGGGGAAAGUACAGAUGUUUUAGAGAAGAUGGAGAUUAGCUGUAAUGAUGAAUUGUUUACUUAUGACUCCUGUGAGUCUCAAUGUGCAGAAGCCCUGGACUCUGGUGAUGCAAGGAAAACGACAAACAUCAAGCCUCCUACCCCUCCGUUGCACCGAUUCCCCUCUUGGGAAAGCAGAAUUUAUGCUGUAGCCAAGUCGGGUUUACGAUUUUCUGAGGCCUUCAACAUGGACUUCUUCAAUAAAAGUUCCACUUCAACUUCAUAUUCGUCAUCAGGACUCUACACAUCAUUAAUAUACAAAAAUGUGACUACACCUGUCUAUACCACUCUUAAAGGGAAAGCAACACAAAUCAGCAACAACCCCUUCUUAGAUGACUCCUCUGGAUCUGAAGAAGAAGACAGUUCUCGAUCCAGUUCACGGACAUCUGAAUCAGACUCUCGAAGCAGAAGUGGCCCAGGUAGCCCACGGGCUAUGAAGCGAGGUGUCUCUCUGUCUUCAAUGACCUCAGAAGGUGACUAUGCUAUUCCUCCUGAUGCCUACUCAACUGACACAGAUUACUCAGAACCAGAACAGAAAUUGCCUAAAACCUGCUCAUCAUCUAGUGAUAAUGGGAAAAAUGAGCCACUAGAAAAAUCUGGAUAUUUGUUAAAAAUGGGUGGUAAAGUAAAGACUUGGAAACGACGGUGGUUUGUACUCAAAGGGGGUGAAUUGCUUUACUACAAAUCUCCGAGUGAUGUAAUACGAAAACCCCAAGGCCAAAUUGAACUAAGUGCAUCCAGCCGUAUUGUGAGAGGUGAUGGAAAACAGACAGUUCAGUUGACAACUGAAAAACGGACUUAUUACUUGACUGCAGAUUCCCCAAACAUCUUAGAAGAAUGGAUCAAAGUACUGCAGAAUGUCCUUAAAGUGCAAGCUGCAAGCCCACUUUUCAUUCAACCCGAUGUCAAACCAGCCAUGAAAGGUUUGCUUACUAAGGUAAAACAUGGAUAUUCCAAGAGAGUGUGGUGUAUGCUGGUUGGGAAAACUUUGUAUUAUUUCCGCAGUCAAGAAGAUAAGUUUCCUUUGGGACAGAUAAAGCUUUGGGAGGCUAAAGUUGAAGAAGUUGAUCGGUCCUGUGAUUCAGAUGAAGAUUAUGAGGCUAGUGGCCGUAGCCUGUUAUCAACACAUUAUACUGUUGUCAUCCAUCCUAAAGAACAAGGACCCACUUAUCUUCUUAUAGGAUCCAAACAUGAGAAGGACACUUGGCUCUAUCACCUGACAGUUGCUGCUGGAAGCACAAAUAUAAAUGUUGGGACAGAAUUUGAACAGCUUGUAUGCAAAUUGUUAAAUAUUGAAGGGGAACCCACUUCUCAGAUUUGGAGACAUCCUACUCUUUGCCACAGCAAAGAUGGAAUUACAUCUCCUCUUACAACCCUCCCAUCUGAAGCUCUGCAAACGGAAGCUAUAAAAUUAUUUAAGACUUGCCAGUUGUUUAUAAAUGCUGCAGUGGACUCCCCUGCCAUUGACUAUCACGUGUCUUUGGCCCAAAGUGCUUUACAAGUCUGUCUCACACAUCCAGAGCUUCAGAAUGAAAUCUGUUGCCAGUUAGUUAAGCAGACAAGAAGACGGCAGCCACCUAAUCAGAUCGGACCUGUUCAGGCCUGGCAGCUUUUAGCACUCUGCAUUGGACUCUUCCUUCCACAGCACCCAUUCCUUUGGCUCCUCAAACUUCACUUGAAAAAGAAUUCAGAUUCCAGAACUGAAUUUGGAAAAUAUGCAAUUUACUGUCAACGAUGUGUAGAAAGAACACAACAGAAUGGUGACAGAGAAGCCAGACCAUCAAGAAUGGAAAUUCUUUCCACACUUCUAAGAAAUCCCUACCAUCAUUCUUUACCCUUUAGUAUUCCAGUGCAUUUCAUGAAUGGCAUAUACCAGGUCGUUGGGUUUGAUGCUUCCACCACAGUGGAAGAAUUCCUGAACACACUCAAUCAAGACACAGGAAUGAGGAAACCAGCCCAGUCGGGUUUUGCUUUGUUUACUGAUGAUCCUUCUGGGAAGGAUAUAGAACACUGUCUUCAAGGAAACAUCAAGAUCUGUGACAUUAUUUCUAGAUGGGAACAGGCCUCCAAAGAACAGCAUCCUGGGAAAUGUGAAGGCACAAGAACAGUGAAACUUACUUACAAAAACAGACUCUAUUUUGCAGUGCAAAUCCGUGGAGAGACUGAAAGAGAAAAGCUGCUGUUAAUGUAUCAGACAAAUGAUCAAAUUGUAAAUGGGCUGUUCCCUGUAAACAAAGAUCUGGCACUAGAAUUAGCAGCACUUUUGGCACAGGUGGAGAUUGGGGACUUUGAAAGGCCUUUCUCGACUCCUGCAGGGCAAGUAACUUCUCAAUCGAAAUCUAAUCAGACCUUAAAACAAGUUGUGGAGAAGUUUUAUCCUAAAAGAUAUAGGGAUAGCUCCUCAGAAGAACAAUUAAGACAGCUUUGCCAGCGGUUGUCAACAAAAUGGAUGGCUCUCCGAGGUCACAGCACUGCUGACUGUGUGCGCAUUUACCUUGCUGUUGUCCGAAAGUGGCCUUUCUUUGGUGCUAAACUGUUUGCAGCAAAAACUCUGACAAUAACCACACUGGAAAGUACUUUGAUAUGGCUUGCUGUUUAUGAAGAUGGCAUAAAUAUUCUUGAAUACAGCUCUAUGAGAUUAAUAGUGACAUAUUUAUACAAGAACCUGAUGACCUUUGGAGGUUAUCAAGAUGACUUCAUGCUGGUGGUUAAUAACGUGCACACACAAGAAAAGCCAACUGAGAAGCUCUUGUUUACUAUGGCCAAACCAAAGAUUCUUGAGAUUACUCUACUGAUUGCAAGCUACAUUAACAAUUUCCAUCAGCAAAAGGGAGCGGCUCACCACCUUUCUGCCCCAGCAUCACUGUCUCCACAAGCAGGAAGACAAAACCCCAAAGACAUAGGGUGUCACCCAUUUUUGUUGAAGAACAGACCAACCAAAGGACCUACUUUAUUAUGAAAAAAUCAUAUACCUGUGAAAAAAAAUCAUAUACCUGCAUAUUUUUGUAUGUUGGGUUUGGCUACAUUGGAAAGAGAAAUAGAGUGAUUUAUGUUCUAUUAAAUUCUGGUAGGGAUUCCCAUGAGCAAGUUCUGUUCCCAAGCUGAAAGCAGAAUAGAAAUUAUGAACUUUUUUCUGAAUGGCUCCUGGGACUCACAAGGUACUAGAUAAACCAAACUUACGGACAGUGGAUGUUCUGUAUAUACGUCUGUGUGGAUAGGCUGAAGAAACACUGUGAAUCUAGAAAACAAGUAAUUAGUAAUUAGAGAAAUAAUACUUUGAAUACAAAAAAGGACUCAAAUAUACACUUUCCCUGCUUCCCUUGUGACCCUUUCAGUGUUUCCUAAUUGUUCCUGGAAUUAGAACUUCUAAAGAAAACUUCUAAUUACGUUUUGUGUCAAUUUUGCAAGGAUCAGAUAGCAUAUCAGAUUAUAACAGUAUUGUUGUAAUCAAAGCAUUCCAGAAAGACUUCCCAGGUGCCACUAAAUUUGUGCGGAGUAUUUCUCCAUAUAUUAACACUUAUUGAGAUAACAGUUCUAGGACUUCUGCUACGCAGUUGUCAGUUUUGGGGGUGAGGGGAGAGAAGUGAGAUUUCCAAUGUGUUUGUUAGCAACAGAGGCAGUAUGUUGAAUCCAAGCAUUAUAAAUCAGACAAACUAAAUACCAAAUGAACAAAGUGAAAGAUGUCCUUUGACAGCUUUCCAAAAACAUAAAGUGACAUCAGACGGGGGGAUUUUCACAUUUUCCUACCAUCACUAUGGCCUCCUGCUGCUGUCCCGCAAUAACGAUAAACUCUUUACACGGGGAAAGAGAAAGCAGCAACGACCAUGCAUCCCAUUCAGUGGGCAUUUUUAUUGUGCUGCUUUUUCUCCACACAGCAGGAAAUGGCAGCAAGUUUCAUUUAAAAAAAAUAAUCGGAUUUUCUGGGUCGUUUUUUGCAACGGAAAAACAAAUUGAAGGAGUGGGAGGCGGAUGUCGUCUAAAGGACACGCAAAAAACUAUGAGUGGCCAGUAACGAGUAUGCAAUAAAACACUCAUCUGAUUGAUGAUCCCCACAGUCAUUAUUUUACAUCUCCAGUACAUGUGAAUAAGAGUAACCUCCAAGUUCCCCAUAUUAGCUGGAAGACAUUGGGUUAAAUCCAAUGUCAGCAAGUGGACGUUCGCUAGCAUGACUGGAUUUUCUCCUUCACCACUGCCACCCACCAUGCAGACUGAAAAUCUGCUCCAAGGGGUUUCCUGACCUUCUAAAGCAGAAUUUGGAGGUACACACAGGGCUCUGGGGAGGAGGGGGAAAUCGCCUCCCCCCUGUCCUGCUGACAGAACUUUCCUCACCAGAAUGACACCAGGUGUUGAGAUACCAAGUGAUGUGCUUUCAGCCCUAGUUGAUGCACAUCUAAUCUCGUAUGAACUGCCUUAUUGAAAACUCUGUUUAAAUACCUGGUAAAAUCUCACUUUCUCAUCCUGGCGUUCUCAAACACAUCUCCCUCCGCUACCUUUUCACCCAGUUCUUUUUACCUUGUAAAUCUUAGAUCACAAGCCCAAGGGUGCCCCCUUUGAUCUAUAUACAACACCUACUUAAUGUAGGUACUGUAAAAUAUGAGUAUUGUGUUUGAGCUGAUGCCAAACAUGCAAGUUGUCACUUGAUGCUGAAGUCAUCAGGUGAUGGACAUAUAUAUGUGAUGUGAACUCAAUUAUACAAACAAUACAAUUAUAAGCAAUACUGUUAUUUAAACAAAAGACAAAUCUCUCAGGCCAGCUUGUCUACAGAAUUUGGCUUAGAGUAGUGAAGAAAUUUUGGUACCAUCAAUGGUUUAAAUCAUUGAUUCAUAUAUUAUGGCCUGGUACCCACAGUUCUAUUAUUUGAUCAUGCAUUUAUAAUUUCCUUUGCCACUAAUUCUAGUUAUUUUUUCUUACGAACAUAUGCACCUUCUGAUGGUUAAUGAUCUGUCUAAAUCUGGAGGGCAUCUUAGACCUUUUUUUCUUUUAAAAUGCUGUGGUCAAAUUUAGAUGGAUAGGCUUUUUUUUAAAAAAAAGUGUUACACAUCUUUUAUAAGUAAUAUGAAGAACAGAUAAUGUUAUAAGUACUAACAACUAAACUGUAAAAAGAGUCAAGUCUGACAACCGUGCCUCUUUGAUCGUCUGUUACCCAGCUCUAAUCACAGUUCCAACUUCCCUACUUGCAGUGUAAUCCUAAUCAUUUUAUGUUGCUUGCUGAAGAAGGUAACAAUUGGCAGGAGCAAUGCUGGAUCAGACCAAGGGUCCAUCUAGUCCAGCACUCUGUUCACACAGUGGCCAACCAGCCAUCAGCCAGGGAUGAACAAGCAGGACAUGGUGCAAAAGCACCCUCCCACCCAUGUUCCCCAUGCACACAGGCUUACUAGUGGUAGUUAUCCCAAGGAGUCCAAGGAUUGGGCUACUCAGCUACACCAAGCGUAGCUAGUUUCUAUUCCACUGUAACCAAUGGGAGGGAAAUUAAGGAAAGCCCUGUACCACCUUAUUUUGCUAUUGCUUUUAGUGAUUUCAUCUAAAAGAGGUUCUCAGACUUAGGUUGUGUGUGGGGAGAGGGUUCACAUAUUUCUGAAAUACAAAAUAGUCCCCCUGUUCAACCAACCAACCUACAGUUACCACAUUAGAUGACACAAUAGGUACUUUUACAACUAGCUGCUGUUCUUGAAGCUUUCCACUAAGGGCUGUUUGAAAUUAAAGCCAGACCCCACAUCCAGGGUUUUUCAUCCAACCCAUGCUGUUGUUUAGAAUUAACUGUUGAGAAAAUGUAUUAGGCUUGGGAAUGCUGUGAACUGUAUGAUUUUUUUCUAAGAGGCAAAGGAUUGUGUUAAACUGUUAAAGUAACAACACAUUACAAGAUAUAACAUUUCUAAAUUGGUAGAAAGGAAGGAUCUGUAUUUUUAGGAAUGGUUGAAGUGAGAGGCCUGGGUAUGGGGGUUUUUUCAUGCUACGAAAUAAAAUGUGAAGAAACAGUGUAUUUUAUUUUAAAAUAUUUAUAUUAAAGAUACGUUUAGCAGCAUAUUCCUGGUACAUUUCGAUAAAAUUCUAUAACGGUCAUCAUAUUUGCUGCUUGUCUCAAUGUAGAUUAGCAAAGGUACCCUUGUAGAGUCCAUAAUGUGAUAUCAGAUUUCAUUUAUGGUACAGUAGUAAUUUAAUAAGUUGUAUUACACAUGACCUCAGUCAUUAUCCUCACCCUGACUCCGCAAACAAGAUAUGCAUGCAUAAGCAGGCUUCUGCAUGUGUAUCAUUUGCUGGAUUAUGAACCCCCAGUGGAUGUAAUGCAUUUCUGGAUGUGCAGUUGUCUAUGUAUUCCUACUGCAUUAAUUUCUGAGAUACACAUCCCCAUCUAGACUCUAGUACAAACUAGACAUACAUACAUAUUUUUUACAUGCAGUUAAGACUGGAUUGGGGGAUCUGCAUCAAUGAUGUUGCAGGAGAACUCUACAUGCAAAUUUAUAUUAUAUGGAUUUGAGUCUAUGUAAUCCAUAAAUGAUGAAUCAAUGAAAACUAAAUGCAGUUUGUUUAAUAAACCUAAUAAAAAAUCUACUUUAAUGAAAUUUGUACUGCAAACAAAAAUAAUGAUAGAAUAUUAAUUUAUAUGUAGAAUAUUUGUAUUUAUUUUGUGGAUAUUUAGCAUUUUUUGUAUAUGAUAUUUUUAUAUGACUGUAAACCAUUCUAACAAAU